AUGGCAAUCCGGAGAGCACUCUCGCCUCCUAUACGCUUCCCAAACCACAGCCUGAGAAGAAACUGUGUAUCUGAGAUCCUCGAGGAAGAACGAUUUGAAAAUUUUAGGAAAGGAUGUUACUACCCUGUCGAAACUGGGCAGGUCUUCUAUUCUAAAUACCAGGUUGUGGGCAAACUUGGAUUUGGAGUGACCUGUACGGCAUGGCUCGUUCUGGAUUUAAAGAGCCAUACUUAUGCCACACUAAAAGUAUAUAUACGCAAUGAAGCGAACCAGGAAGAGUUCCAAAUCUACAAGCAUCUAAGCCAAGGGAACCCAUCACAUCCAGGCUAUGCGCAUGUGAGAACAGCUCUUGAUGCUUUCACCAUCCCGCAUCCUGGAGGCUGUCAUCAUGGUCUUGUUCAAAAACCUAUGUGGGAAAGUUUCAGGGACCUACUCCUUCGCAACCUCACGCAUCGAUUCACCGAAGAUCUUCUCAAAGCUGGCCUUAUGCAGGUCUUUCUUGCACUUGACUACCUGCACACAGAAUGCAAGUUUGUCCAUACAGUGACAACAUUCUCCAGGAAAUAUGGCAACGAUCCUGAUGGGAAAGGGUAUUCGACCCGUGCGCACCUUGCAGAAGUGAUUGGAAUGCUGGGAGCUCCGCCUUUAGAUCUCCUGAAGCGUGGAAAGCGAUGUCAUGAGUUUUCACUGAAGAAGAUACCCCAAAAUUCAUCUCUGGCACAAUCGGAAGAGUUUCUCGAUGGACAAAACAAAGAAAUGUACUUGCAGUUCAUGAGAGGGAUGCUACAAUGGCGACCAGAAGAUAGAAAGACGGCGAGAGAACUACUAGAUGAUCCAUGA